UGACUUUAGAGAAACACACUGAUCAACUGUGUAAUUUGCGUUGUGUUCAGCAUAAGACGUUGGAAUGUGUUACAUGGAGCAUGUUGUGGAAUAAAUAGAUAUUUCAAAAUGUUUUUAAAUUAAAUCCUGUGGCAGUUGUAUACACGGGAUUAUGUUAAAACCGCCUAAACAGUGUUUCUAGCGAAACGAUAUCAUCCAAUAAAUAUAAAUAAUAUAAUUUAAAAACAAUUAUGUAAUACUAGUGUUUUGGAGUUUUAUAAGAAGUGAUUUUUUGUAAGAAAAAAGUGCAAAAUGAUUCGGAUUUAUAAUAAGAUAUAGUUUGGAAUAUAUAUUUUAUAAGGAUCCCGACAUUGACAUACCUGAUCUGGCGUGUUAAUUAUGGCGCCACGUGUUCGCCACAGAAUGACGUUUUGGAAAGUUAAAGACGUAAAAGCGACCAGUUGGUACCCGUCUGUGUGUCUAGUGUAAUGGAGGGACGUAUUGAACUGAGCGCUCUGGAACGUACGCGGCUGCUCAGUUCAAUGUCAUCCGGCUCCCUCGGGCCUAUCGGCACUCCUUCAACAUACUCGGCGUCCGAAUCACUGGCUCAACUACGCAGCGGUCAAGACAGAGCGCGGGCAGGCUCUCCAACAAAUCUCCAUGACUAUCAGAACCGCUACCUACCAACAUCCGGCCUACACCCAGCAAGCAGCAGUUAUGCGAUGAUGGCAGGGUACCUUGCCAGUGGUCACGUGCCCGAGUCCCUCAAACAUAUGCUUCCCGACAUGCAGCAGUACUGGGCGGCGGCUGCACACUCAGAAGGGUACGCGCGCUACGUCCUGAGCAACAUGUACUACCCGUAUCUGCCCUAUCUCCCAGCCACCGAGUCGUUGGCGAUGUUCGCCCAGACGUCCGCGGGUGCCGCCGCCCACCUUGAGGCGCUGCAGGCCCAGGCCGCCGUACAGCACCGGAUAUACGACCUCCAGAAAGAGGCCAUGUUGAACUCGGGCGGAUUUAGCCCCGGGAUGUACCCUCACCCGCACCAGUUCUCCCCACACACCGGUCAGGCGGAAGCCACCAACCUCAGCCUACCAGGAUCCAAGUCGAAGUGUGAGAUGAAAAAAGAUGACGAACAGGGUAUGAGGGAGACCAAUAUUAAGUGUGAAUCGUAUGUAAAACAAAAGACACAGUCGGAAGAUGUGCGUAAAGACACACCGGAUGUGUUUAUGGAGUAUUCAUAUAGUGUAGAAGGAAGUGAAAGGACACGAGGAAAAGCGUCUAAAACCGACGAUCGUGAAAAAAUUAAAAGCAGCUCAAAGGCCCUAAAGUCUCCAUCACUAGCUUCUACAAACUGCUGGUCUGAAAAUAAUUCUAUAAAAUUUACUCACUGUGAUACAAGACCAAGUUCAGUCGUCGAUAAAACUAGGAUUAGAACGAUUUCUCCAGAAGUAAGUCGCGAGAGGCAUAUUAGUGCCGGAUCAAUAGCCGGCGAUACUUCAAGAAAGCGGCAAGCUUCUUCAUCAUCGAAGGCGUCGCUGCACAGCCCAUCGUACCGGCAAACGGCGCUGGCAAGCCCAGACCAUAGAUCAACUCCGAUAACCACAGCUCGUAAAGAAUAUGUUAUAAGUCCAUUUGAGGCUAGUUGUGAGAAAAUUACAAUUAUAGAACAGGAAAUGCCAGAGAAUCUGUGCAUUAAGGACAAGAAACCGGAAAUUAAGACUGACAGUGACAACAAGGCGGAUAAUAAAGAUGAAAAAGACAGAGGAGUAGUAACACUGAACGUUACAAGUCCAAUAUCUGUCACAAUUACAACCACUGUAAAUACUAUCACGUCCGAUAGCUUAUCUGCAGAUAAUGUAUCUAAGCAUUCUAAAGCCUCCAGCUUGUCCCCGUCGUCUCACGGAAGUCCCCCCUUGUCCCACACCAGCACGACGACCACGUACUCCCUGCCCUACUACCACAACCUAUUCUCCCGAGUCCAGUCUGGUGACGGGAAAAAGGUGCAUGCCACCACGUACGUGCCCGCGAUAGGCACCAUCUCUAGUCCAGUGGCAGGGGCUCCUUCCAUCAUACAGGUUAAGGACCCCAAGGCCAUAGGUCUUAGUGACACAGAAAAAGACAUCCCUAUGAAAUAUAGUGAGACAGUAAAAAAUAACAAGACGAGUGCUGAAAAACUAUUUUCUGAUGUUAAUCAGAAAUAUGUCGCUACUGUUUUUGAUAAAGACAGUGUUUGUAUUGAACAGGAAGACACAAGUGUUAAAUUUGACAAAGAAUCGAAAUUGAUAGAAAAGAAUGAAACAGUUUCGGAAACCCUCGAUUUGAGAAUUAAAUCUAAAACUGUUCAAGAUUCAAAAACAAAAAAGGAAUCGGAAAUAAGGAGUAAAAAAACCAAAUCCGAGAAACGUCAGAUCGCACAUUCCUCUGUAACACCCAUUAAACAAGAAACAAAAGGCUCUUUGAAAAGAAAAGAAUAUUUACAUUCUAAGAUAAAUGGUCACAGUUCAGAUGAUAAAACUGAUACACAUACGAGAAACACAUCAAAGACCUUUGAAGAGCGCCAAGAUGUUCAAAAGAAAUCUAGUAUAAUAGCAGAUAAAUUACCGAAGGAAGAAACGUUAUUGAUUUGUAAGCCGAAAAAGUGUGAUACUGUUUCAAAAAAUGACCUGCAGGUGCCUUUGACAAUACUUGAUAUUUCUGACGUUGUUUCAAUGUCUGCUACAGAAUUGAACGGGAAAGAGCGUAUAAAAGAAAAUGACAAAAACAAACAACAUAGUCAAAAGCAAGAACAACAUGACAAGCCAGCUCCACUUGCGCCACUAAAACAAACAAAAAUAGUGAAGCCUAUGUCGAGUGCGAGGCGUGAUGGUUCCGGCCAAGACUGUGUCGACGGAUUAUUAUUACCACCGGUAUCGGACCGCCCUCCGGCCACACAGCAGGUCAAGCCCGCUGACACACAUACCCAGCAUUCAGGCAUUCCCAUUGGAAUUGCGGUGGCUCGCCAGAGAAACAUAGCGCCAAAAUUGACGGGCGACAGCAGAAAGGCGAACGACGAGGCCAAAGGAAAACAUCAAGUUGCAGACGUUAAACCAAUUAGGCCACUGAAAGUCAUACGACCGUCAACAAAGCCAACAGGAUCAGCAGGCACAAAGGUCGAAAAGAUAAAUGAACUUCCGGCAAAUCUCAUUGUCACUGGCGGGACGGCGCCCCAGGGUAUGCUGUGGCCUGAUGACGCCUCUCGUCAGUUGGCGGCUCAGUUCCUGCAGGGUGGCGCGCCCCUUACGCCGACCGCAACCUCCUGGUAUAGCCAGGGUGCCUAUCCGUUUCCCCAGCCCGCCACUACCGCGGCCGCCACGAACACAGCCGGUCAGCUCCCUCUUACGGUUCCUGCAGGCUACAAACUGGCACAAGAUUCUAUCACUGGCCAGAUAUGGCUAGUUCCUUCGGGAACUGACGUCUUUGAUAACAGCCGUCUCUUUGGUGGCAGCCUACACUUGGGGGGCCAGAUUGGUUCAACUUCCACAUUUGCAACAGCCCCUCUUGUGGGCGGCGGUCAACAAGGUGUCACUUCUGGCAUACCCUCUCAGGGUGGCUCCCUGUUUCCCGGGCAGACGAUGUUGACUGAUCGGCAAGCCAAUGUCGACAUCGGCCUUCAGCCCUUCCUUCCCAUCUUUGGUCAAAAUAUAUUACCGACUGCUGAGCUGGGGUCUGGGGCAGAAGACAAGGAUCCGGUGGAGCACGGGAAAUUGCCGCCCACCAUGGUGGUUCCCCCUGUCACCGACACUGCCAACCCUCUCAACGUUAGCAUCCAUAACAACGAGGAGCGUCAUGAACUUUCGUCCAUUCCUCACACUAGCGCGGCAGCAGGUCUCACUGAAAGAAGUCCCUUCAACUUUGCCCAGCCGCCAGUACCCAUUAUGUUCAACUCCACCUUCCUUUCUGCCCCACCUCAACCGGAAGUCAAUCCCCCGGGGGAUCCCGGUCAACUGGAGUUGGCGUCCGUCCAGUCCCGCGGUACCUCGCCCAUGUUGCCCGCCUGCGAUUCCUGUAACGAGGAAGUAAAGUCAGACGAUAACGCCGAUGACAUUAUAGACAUCUGUGAUCAUGAAGAUGAUGACAUGGAUGAACAUGAGAAAGACUUACAAAGUGAAACGAUCUGUGAUGAAGUGCCAAACUCUAAGGACACCAUUGAAGUAAAACGUGAAAGUGAUACAUUGACAUGUAAGACCGAGAUAAGUGUGAAUAAAAUUGAUACAAAUAAAAGCAACUUUAAAACAGUUGAUAAUUAUACUUUCCCUAGGGAAACAAAUCAGUGUAAGAUUGAAGAUAGUGCUUGUGAUAAAAAUACAAAUGGAAUUCCAAAGAAUGAAGUCAGUUCUGAAGACACUCCCGAUGCGAAUAAGAGACAUGUUGAUCCAAACCGAAAUAUUUUCAAGGACAUAACGGAAAAAUAUGAUCCAUUCUUGGAUCCACAAGUGUUACAGGCAGCUGAUGGUUUAGAACUUUUAAGUGCCCUUGCAGAGAAAAGUGCAUUGGUUGUAAAACCUAAAACUGAAGAGGACGAGAAAAAGGAUAAAGGAAACUUAUUGCAUAAACAGGUUGUACAAAUAGAUCCAUCCAUUGGCAGCAGUGAAAAAGACGAGAAGAAUGUGCCUAAGAAAAAGUCCAGAGUCAAAUAUGGGUAUGCCUCUAAAAUUACAUCAGGAGAAAAGGACAAACCUGCUGUCGCUACUACAGCAGAGAAAAAGAUGACAACGUUCUGCGGAAUUAUUAUUCCAGAAGACAUUGGUUCUUUUCUUGACCUAGAUGAGGAGGUGAUGGACUCCAUUGAGCUCGAAAUGAAGCUGCGGCUGUCGGAGCUCCAGCGCCGCUACCGGGAGAAGCAGCGCCAGCUUGCACGCCUCACGCCUCGAAAACCACGGGACCAGGAGGCAGAGGUUGCCACCAAGAACAAACAGCCACCUUCGGACUCCCCACGGGGACCAGGGCGGCCGAAGAAGAGACCAAGCGAGACGUCCACCUCCAGCGAAAAAUCACUUACCCCUAAGUCCAGUAAAGUUAAGGGGUCAGAUGGAACAUCCCGGAAGUCUCCUCCAAGCAGCGGAAGUAGCUCGACAUCUGGUCACCACGGUCCGCCACAGAAGAAGAAGAAACUGGCGGAAAUGUUGGUUGACCGAGUAUUCCGAAAAACCGGAAGCUCAUUCAAGAUUCCGUUGAGCAAGAAGAUCAACCUGAUCGCGCCGGCUCGGAUCGAGUUCCCCGGGAGACAUUCGAGGCACCAGGACCGGCCACAUGGAAAGCAUAAGAAGUCCAUGGAUUUUGGUCGGCUUAUCAAGCGCUCCCGGCUCUCACAGAUCAACGGGAAGGACGCGGGCUUCGUUGGAGGAUUUUGGUCAAAACGGAGCCAUGAGAAGAAACACCAUUUCCACUCAGACGCCAAGUUAAAGAAGAAAAAGAAGCGAGAUGAAGGGGCGCCCCGGGAGCGACCGGCGGAAGGAGGACUGGGUCUGCUGGCGGAGUACGCCGCCAGGUCCAGGGACGACAAUGCCGACAGGAAGAGGAAACAGGAAGACAGCUCUGGGUCCCUGUCCCCGGACUCUCCCAACAAGAAGCGGAAACCCGGCAGACCGAAGAAGUGUGACUCCGUCCGACCAGGCGUCACAGAAACCUUAGUCGCAAAACAGUCUAAACACAUGGAGUUUUUCCGCCUGCACGCCGAGGAACCGCAAAAAGAGCGUAAAAUCACCCUAGAGGGCAAGACGCCUCUGAAGCCCCUGUAUUUGGAUGAGUGGAACGUCCGACGGAGCGAGCGGAUCUUCCUAAAUGACCCUAGCCCGCAGACGAGCCCGAACGCAGCGCCCCAGGGACCCCCGGGUGCCAAGCCCAAACCCCAAACCCCGGACCCAAAGCAGAGGCAGCUAGGCUCCCCCGGUGCCAAGUUGCGCCAUGACUCGCCCCGGAGCGACUGGGAUGCGAAACACAGAGCCGACAAGCAAAAAAAGUCUCAGACUCUCAACAUGUCCUUGAAGGUUAAGAAGAAAUAUUCCACAGGACUGCUGCAGCAAAAUAAGGCAAGGGAGAAAACCACAGAGUUGUUGCAGGCGUCAAGAGAACGGCUUUUCCAGCAUCGACAGGAGCGGAAGGAGCAAGAAAAGCCGACUUCUCCAAGGGUCGCAUCACCGGAAAUCGGAAGUGAUCAGGAUGACGUGCCACUGUCGAUGUUCCGUGACAAGCCAUGUAAAGUGGAAGACCAGCCACCGUGCACGCUGAGCCCGGACGGCCUGGAAGACGGGCUUCGCAUCUUAGUGUUUAUGGACGGUCUGUUCCACGAGGGUGAACUCAAGGCCAUCCGACCGCCCGACAUUUACGGUGCCGUCCUUGACAACGAGCGGAAGACCCGGCCUCACUACUAUUCCCAGGAGGAAAUACUCAAGGAGGCGAUCAAGGACACACGGGCGGCUGGCCCUGAGCAGCUGCAGGAGGGAACCAGGAUCUGCGCUUACUGGAGCCAGCAGUUCAGUUGCCUAUAUCCGGGAACAAUCUCGAAAGGGAGCCCAAAUCCAAGCACAGCUGACCGUGACCUGUACACGGUUGAAUUUGACGACGGAGAUACGGGGCGUAUUCCGCUCGACCAUAUUCGCAUCAUCCCACAGGAUUUCCCGCUCGUAGAGUACGAUCCGAAUCCUUUGCUGUUGUUGACAAAACGCCGACGGACGACGUCGGUGUCAGAGGGCAGCGAACACCGGAAGUCCGUAUCUGAUCCCCUUCGACGUCCUCAGUCAGAAGCGGGAAGAGAGUCCAAGGGAAAGCGAGGACCAGGGCGACCACCGAAGACUGAUCGGAUGUUAUCGAACGAGUCCAUUGGUGACGAAGACGUGUUCACAAGUGACGCCAGGGAUGGCCGCGGGGACGCUCAGAGCGGACAGGGUGUGGUUUUUGCCCCGCCCCGCGGGCUGUGGGCGUGGUCGGGCUGCUCCACAAAGAGGCCCGGUAUGAAGGGCAAGGCCAGAAAGGAGUACUAUAAAACAGUCGUCCGUAAUAAAGAGUCCAUCUCGGUGGGGGAGUGCGCCGUGUUUAUCUCCACCGGGCGGCCAAACUUGCCGUACGUUGGCCGCAUUGAAAGCUUCUGGGAGGCCCGAAGUGGCCAGAUGGUCGUCAAGGUGAAGUGGUUCUAUCAUCCUGAGGAGACCAAGGGAGGCAAGCGUCUGCAUAACCUUAAGGGAGCAUUGUUUCGCUCGGAUCACGAAGACGAAAAUGAUGUGCAGACGAUAUCUCACAAAUGUGACGUCAUUCCGUAUUCAGAAUACCGCCGGCGUGUUGACGUCAUAUCCCACGACGACCACAAGGACGUGUAUUACCUGGCCGGAUACUAUGAGCCGACGGUCGGCCACAUAAAGUUUGAGCCUGGUGUGCUGUAGGUUAAAACAUAUGUUAGAGAUGUAACGAGUUUAUUCCUAACGCUAAAAAGGCUGCGAUUCCUGCAAUUUUGUACCGGUGUGGAGUGUUUUGACAUUCAAGAGAAAUCGAAUAACAAAUUACGCAUUUAGGCGAUAACGUUCUUGUUAUAUGUGUGCAAUAUAAAACAACUUUACAAUAAACCUAUCAUGUAUUCAUCUAGCCGCCAUUUACAAGUGUAGAGGAUCUACUGUUUGGAGCAGAAUUCCGAGUCCUUGAGUCUGUCUCAUGUCCACGUGCAAAGCGUGUAAAUGUCGGAGCACCUGUGUAGCGAGUCUUCAUGAUAAUAAAAGUGACCAUUACAAGUCGGAGCACCUGUGUAGCGAGUCUUGUGAUAAUUAGAGUGACCAUUAAAAGUCGGAGCACCUGUGUAGCGAGUCUUCGUGAUAAUAAGAGUGACCAUUACAAACUACAUAUUUUCUGUUGAUCAGAAGAACUGUGGAAGCCAUUACAAGUGCACAAAUAAUUUCUGAAAAAACAACAACUUAUUUUUGCUUGUAUGAGAAUGACUGUAUAUUGCUUUUAGAAAGAGGAAGAGACGGCUUUGCAAAGUAUUUCUAGAAGCUUCAACACAGUUAUGUAUAACUUCAACUCUCCUAUUUGAGGAGAAUAAUAAUUCUGAAAUCUAAGGAACAGUUGUGUUUGCUCAGUUGUGCUAGAAUUCACGUUUUGAAUGUUUAUCGCUUCUCCUGUGCCUUAACAAAUGUUAUUAUGUAUUCAUGUCUUUCCGUGUUCGUGCUAUGGGCUUUGUCACCUUUAACGUGUGUUAGUUUCGGGAUAAAAGACUAAAUGACACACAAAACAAAGGCUGCCUCAUCAUAAAGAAACCAUGUAUGUGCAUUUCAAGUUGUCUUGGAGGAGGAUAGCAGACAUACAGCCAAGGUUUCCAUUUAUAAAUACAUUAAACCAACGAAAUGGAAUAUCACUUUCCCAAUCAAUGAUUUAUUUGAAAAAGUUUAGUGUUUCACGUGACUCUAGGCUCGAUUGUUGGCUGUGAUGAUAUGAAAAUCCGGACAAAGUUUUACCGUAAUUUGGGUUCUAUUGGUUGUACAUGCACCCUCCAAUAGAUUUACUGGCUAAUAUGUCAAUUGUUUCACUGACUUGGAAAAUGAAAACUGAUGUUCACUGGGCUCCGUUUCAACACAUAUUUUAGUAGCAAACCUUACGCUGCUUUGGAUUACCAAUGUACACACGCAAAGUUACGGGCAUAAUCUAUGGGAUAAAUGUCCUUACAAGACAGUUUUCUUCAAACAAAGCUUACCCCAACCAAAAUUUAUACGUUUUAUACCUUCGACUUUAACCCGUACGAUCUUUAUUGAGACGUGGCCCGGCAGAGCUUUUAAUUCAUUUAAACGCGCUAAAUAAUGCAGUUCCUUUUAUACUUAUUUUGGUAAUGUAACCAGCUUACACAGUUGUACAUGGUUUGAGAAUUUCGUCUGAGUCAGCGGAAUUUAUUCUUUAUCCUGUUUUGUUGAUGCGUUGCUUGUUUUUGUUAAAAGUUUAUUAUUCCAAAGCAUCCAUAGUGCUAUAAUUUGUCACUUUAUAAUACAUUAUAAUUUUGUUUUUUUUAAACACACCUGCUUUUCUUUUACAUUUACACUUAUUAUUUCUUUUAAAAAAGGAGCUCUAUCUCACUGACUAAGGUUUGAUGCAAAGAUGUAUUAUUUUACUUAUAUGUUCUGUUACAAUACACAACGCCGUUUUAAGCAUUUGUUUAUAUAAGUGUUCAUAUUUUAUCGAAGUAUAUGUUAAAGUGAUUCAGCUGUUAUAUGAUUACAAUAAAAGUUCGAAUGUUGAA